AUGCAGGUGGACCUUCUCGGGCAUGCCUUCAAGCGGGUGGUUCAGGAGCUGGGAGUCACCAAUAUUGUCGGAAGCAUGCCUUUCAACAUAGCCAAUCUGCCUUUCUCGUGUUUGCUGCAGCUUGCUGCUUAUUUAUCACUCGCAUUGACCUCCUCAAUUGGCGGUGCUCUGUUGCAGGAGGCUCGCGAGGAUGCGUUGGACAAACAGGAGGAAGAGAAGCUCUCAAUUUUCUGCUUUGCCUGGACGCCUCGGCGAGACUAUGAUGAGAAAAUGUUAGCUGAGACCCGAAAGCAGUAUCGAAAGUGUGACGGCCAUAUCUUCUACACGGACCAUGCUGCUCCUGGAAAACAGAAGGAGACUGACUUCAUGCGGGUCGUCGUGCCUCCACAGAGCGUGGACCGCAACGAUGACAACUGGCUAUAUCACAGGAACAUGGUUGGCCUUAUGCCGUCAUGGAACCAUCUGAUCCAUUCGAACUUCGUGAACGAGCACGACUGGUUCAUCAAUUCCGAGUUGGAUCACUUCCUCAGCCCCGCCCGAGCCAGGCAGACGAUUGCCGAGUACUUGCGUGGACUCCGCGAUGGCUCCGAGGAAGAGAAGGCAAGCCUCGACGGGCCGAUCAUGCUGAUGUGGGGGAAUGCUUUCGUCUUCAACAGGAAAUUCAUGCAGGUCAUGAAGCAGCACUGGGGCAAGCUAGGACGGACGGCCCGGCCAGGAGGCCCCGGCGAUGAGGCGGCAGCCGUUGGCUGUCCCAUGUUCAUGGACGACACGGCAGAGUGGCCUCAUAGCUGCUCCCAGGACGUUGUCUACCCGCAUUUGGCGACCGUCACUUUGCCCCGACAAUUUGGUGUGACUGUUGCAAAGCCUGGAUCUGCCGGCUGUGGCGCCGGUUCAGUCAAUGGCAAGCACAAGGCAUACCCUUUGGGCUGCUGGGAGCUGCAUCUCAAUCCCAUCCACGGUGGGGAGCAGGCAGCUCUGAAAGCGAUCAAGGCGCAGGGGGGCCGGCCACAGGUCUAUGCGAUACUUCAGGUUUUUGACGGUUUGGACAUUUCUUGGGUGAGCAAGACCUCCACAGCCCUCCCUUCCCCGCAAUCGUGGAAGACUUAG